AUAUCAUAGCAACCUCAUAGCGAUUGAUGGAGUAAACGAGUGUCAGAGACAAUGUCUCAAAGUGAAAUAUUUUCUGGAAUUCAAGCUUCCUCCAGUUUUGACAUCGUAAAAGCAUUGUUCGGCGAUUCCAAAAAAACUACUGAUUCAAAAAGCUACUUGAGUAGCUCAGGAGUUGGGAUCGAUCAACAGCAGCGCAGCGAAGAAAUACAGCCUGCAGCUAGCGUUGACAAGAUUUCGGUGGCCAGUUUAUUUUCAAAAUCACGUUUCAGCCGAGAGUCGCGCAUCAAACAGGAGUCUCUUAUUCUUCAAAGUUUGCGCAAAAUCAGUAAAAUACCUGAAGCUUUUUCAAAGGAAACUAUACUCGAGGCCAAAUCGUCAAGUCACUGUUCUCCGGCCACUUUGAAAAACUUAGAAAUUCGUUAUGAUGAAUUGCUACCGAAAUAUACCCGAUGCAUGGAAGAAACUCGUGAAAAACUGCUCAAACUAGGAGUCUCAACUGUGGACAAAGCGGGGAAAUCUAAACCCAUGCCCGUUAUCGAAUCUCUCCUCGAUCAGAUGAUUGCAGUUCGGUCAACGCUUUCGAAAAACCGCCGCAAACUACUCUCCAAUUUCCAAAAGCUGGAACAUCUUAAAAUCCGUGAUGCCCUGUUGGAUCUCCAAAUCAAAAACAUCCGCCUGGAAGAGCUGCACGAUCUGCAGGUGGAGGUCAGUCGUACGACGGAGAAAAUCGACGAAACCAGCAAGCAGAUGAUCAAGGCGCGGAAUCAGUAUGAGAGCGAUAUCUCGAAGGCGGCCCACGUGCGCGAGAAGUGGUAUGCCUUCCAGAACAAGAUCCUCAUCAAGAUGGACGAUUUGAAUGAGCUGAAGGUAGCGAUUUACGAACAUCGGCAGUAUUUGUGUGGGCUGUUGGAGCAGAAGAAGCAGCUUAGGAAAGAGAACGCAGAGUUGAAGUAUGAGUGUAGGAUCAUCGAUAACAAGCCACUGCUGAGGAAAUAUGAGCGUGUUUUAGCAGAUAUUGAGCAGUUCAACUUUCAAAUCAAACGAUUUGCGGAACUCUGAAGCCCUUGUCAAGCUUCUUGCAAUGAACGAAUCAAUCAAUCUUAAGAAGUCCUCCCGCUUCCACAUCUAUUGUCAUGGAUCUCUAUCUUAAUUAAACAAUCU